AUGUUUAGGAUACCGACAGACCACGUAAAAAUAUUACUGGCUACAAAUGGACGUAUAAUUCAUCGACGAUCUGCGCCGAAGAACGAGGUGACAGAUUUCUCUAAUACAUUAAAAGCGAUAACAAUCACCAAACAUCUGCUUAAUUUGUCAGGAAUUUGGCCUUUAGAAAUUCGCGACAUAUUAUUCAUAUCGUUUAUAAUUUAUGGCUGUGUUUACAAUAUAUUAGGACUAUUGGAUCUUAUAAAAUACAUUAAAAAUAGUCAUUAUGUUAUAGCAAACCUAAUGGAGAACAUAUUGUUAGUAAUGACGAUGAUAAAACUUUUAAUGAUACGAAUAAAGUAUCGUGCAUUGUCGCGAUUUCUAAUCGAAACGGAAAUAGAUUAUACAAAUGAUAAUUAUGAAAAUGACGAAGAGAGAUUGAUAUUUUUAAAAUAUAACAAAUUUUCUUAUAGAUACGUCGUCAUUUUGUUUUUUUUGUCGACGUUCCUACUUCUCUUAUAUUAUUUUAAAUCUAUCGUACCGAAUAUACUAAUGGUUAUGGCAAAUUCUACAUCGGAAUAUAAGUUACCUUAUAAAAUACAGCCAUUAUUGAAGCCGUACAAUGCAAGAAAUUAUGCAUUUGAUUGUAUACACGAAUUUAUACGUAUAAUAAUGGUCGUUUCCGCUUACGUUGGUCCUGAUUGUUUAUUGGGUUGCACCAGUUUUCAUCUUAGCGGUCAAUUGGCCAUAUUGAAAUGUCGAGUGAAGGAAAUUUCAAAGAAUAACGAUGGUUCUCGGGAAAGAAUUCGUAAAAUCAUUCUCCGACAUCAACAUUUGAUAAGAUUAGCGGAUAUAUUAGAAGAUAGUUUUAAUAUUGUUAUUAGUCAACAUUUAUUUGGGAUAACGAUACAGCUUUGUGUAUCGAGUUAUCGAAUGCUCAGCGAGAAUGUAUAAUCAAGGAAAGUACGAGCUUGUGCGAAGAGUUUUAUUUUACUAACUGGUACGAAAUGUCGACGAUCGGUAGGAAAUUGAUUUGCAUUUGCAUGAUGCGCGCCAGGAAACAAUUGCAAUUGACUUGUGCGAAGUUUUGCAUUCUGACUGUGAGCAUGUUUAUCAAUAUAAUGAAUACAUCAAUGGCGUACUUAUCAUUCUUACGAACGACUAUAUAAACGAAGCUAUUUAUAAUAAUUGAUUGCGAAUGAUAACUAUUGAAAUAUAGUUCUAUACAAAUGUUAAAUAAAUAAUCUGUAAUAAAUGUAAAUACAUACAAUCAGAAUAACGUUAUUUUGAUGUUAGUCGAAAAGAUCGUUCGGUUUUUCAGUAAAAACAAAAAGAAAAA